AUGAUAUUACUAGGAAUAUUUAAACAACAACAAAAUAAUAUAUGGCGAUUAUGUUCGCCAUCUUUAUUAAGAUCAACAAGUGUUAUAUCAUCUUCAAAUAUAAUUCGAACUUUAACUAAUCAACAAUAUAAUCAAAAUGAACGAUCAUUACUUUCAGCUCGUUUACCGGUUAUACUUAAUCAACCAUAUCGUACAAGAAAAUUAAAAUUUAGUUUUGGAUAUACAAAUUAUGGACAUAGAAGACAUAUUAGACCACCGGGACAUCAUAUUGUUCAUUAUAUGCAUUUCUUUCUAAUAAUUAUUGGAGCAUAUGCAGUUUUCUAUUUAACGAAUGUCACGGAAUUUGAAGAUCGUUGGAUACAACCAAUGAGUACAACUCAAGCUGCUGAAAGAAAUACAUUCAUUAAUCCAAAAGAAACUCAACGACGUUUGGAUGUUUUUUCUAAUGUUAAAGCCGCAACUAUUUUACCAGCAGUAGAAGCAAACAGCAAUGAUUCAAAUGAAGAAAAUGAUGAAAAAAAUUUAUCAGAGGUAACACGCAAAGUUGAAAAAUCCAAAAAAGAAGCAAAAAAUAAAUUAUCAUUUCGUGAUAAGAAAAAAAUUGCUUAUGAAAAUCGUCUACGAGCUUUUUCAACACCCGAUAAAAUAUUUCGAUAUUUUGCUACAUUAAAAGUUUCUAAUGAUGAUAAUCCCGAUGGUAUCAUUUGCAUGACACCCGAUGAUUUUCUUCGAUCAAUUACACCAGGUUUAAAACAACCGGAUGGUUUAGAACUUGAUAAAUUUUAUCGUUAUGAUGCACGUGUUGAUCCACCGGAGAAACUUGACCAAAGGAAUUCGUAUUUAUAUUCUUCAGCUUUAAAUUCUGAUGAACAAUCUAUAUUUGAACUUAUUGGUGGUAAACAAUGUUUAAUUACAUUUAGUGAUUAUAUAUUUCUUGUUACAUUAUUAUCAACACCAAGACGUUAUUUUCAAAUAGCAUUUCAAAUGUUUGAUUUUGAUGGUAAUGGAAAUUUUGAUUUUGAUGAAUUUGCAAAAUUAAAAAAUUUAAUACGUGAACAAACAAGUAUUGGACAAAGACAUCGUGAUCAUUCUACAACAGGAAAUAUUUUACGUGAAACAUCAAUUGUUAAUCAUUAUUUUUUUGGAGAAAAUCUUGAUCAAUUAUUAACUGUUGAAAAAUUUUUACAUUUUUAUGAACAAUUACAAAAAGAAAUUUUACAAUUAGAAUUUCAUCGUUCGACGAAAUGUCCUAAUGAUAAAACACGUAUGAGAGAAUUAGAUUUUGCAACAUCAUUACUUGCAUAUUCAGGUUUAUCAGACAAACGUGUUAAAAAAAUGUUAAAACGUAUAAAAAAAGCAUAUCCAAUUGAAAAAUCAGUUGGAAUAUCGUUUAAUGAUUAUAAAAAUUUUUAUAAUUUUCUUCGUAAUAUUCAUGAUAUUGAUGUUGCAUUAACAUUUUAUCAUAUAGCUGGUGGUGCAAUUGAUAAACAAAUAUUUCGUCAUGUAGCGAAAACUGUUAAUCAUAUUGAUCUUGAUUCACAUUUAGUUGAUGUUGUAUUUACAAUAUUUGAUGAUGAUGAAGAUCAAUUAUUAUCAUAUGUAGAAUUUAUACAUAUUAUGAAAAAUCGUCUUGAACGUGGACUUCAACGACCGAAAGAUACGGCAUUUAUGAAAUUAUUUUCAACAAUGAUUACAUGUGCAAAAGAAACAUAUUUAUAA